AGAUCGAUAUUGACAUGGUUUAAUUAGGCAAAGAAAAUUAUACUGUUUUAAAAAGGAAAAAGCAUUAUAAGAAAUACUACCAGUUGGGAAUGAGGCUUUCGACCAUUGUUUUGUGCUGCUUAAUUUACAGUCUGAAAGCGAGUGGUAUGCCAAAAAAUAAUUGCCCUUCCGAGAGAAUUUGUGGAGAAGUAAGCGAAUCAAAAGCCGUUUGUGUUUUGGAUGAAAAUAAAAAUUGUAUAAGAAAGUUUAAGUCAAGCUGUCAUCUGGCCAUUGCCGCAUGUAAGGAUCGAUAUUUGCAAUUCACCGACUAUAGCGACGAGUAUUGCGGUAUGGAUGGUUGGAUGUGUCAAGAGCCGCCCUACGAACGCUGGACACUCUUCUUUGGCCAAGAAGAUGAACGAUGACGACUACGUCAAAGACCGGUAGGAGCCAACCGAUAGCCACCAGCGUAUUUUCCCACUCAGUGAGACAGAACGACGCCUCGAGCCUUUUAUACGCUUUUUUAUCCACAUUUUUCUCGUCGUUUUUUAUUUUUGCGCUUUUUGUGUUAUUUUUGGGUCUUCGACGAUUGCUUUGCAUAAUCUCCGUCGGCGGCGCCACAGCCCAUUGGCCUCCUCCUCCAACGCCAAUCAGCGAAGAUCUCCAGACCUGUGCAUGUUAUAAAAAGUGGACCCCUCCGAGAUUCGGUUGUCAGUUAAUACCCAUCAAUCGAGUCCAUUUCAGGCACAACCAUGA